GACAUAGUUACCUGUGUAUUUAAAGGCCACACUAAUUGACACAGGUGUGGCGCAUCCAGGAGGUAAAUUGUUUUUGACUGUGGCGGACUGUUGGAAAGAUUUUGCUCUUUCUUAAUAUUGAUGGACUCCAGAAGAAUGCCGCGGGACAACAAAACUCCUCUUAUCCAGAAAAUAGCCAAGCAGGCCUACACCACUUUUAACGGCCUCAAGUCUUCGUCCGGCGGGGAGAAUAAAGUUGUGGCGGACAAAAUGAGUGAACUAAUCUCCUUGGUGACCGCCGUUAGAGCUGCUGACCUGAAAAUUGCUCCCCGCAAAACCAAGCCGAGCUCCGGGGCGGGAGAGCUCCAGAGCCCCCCGGUAACCUACAUGCACAUCUGCGAGACGGACGUGUUCAGCAUGGGGGUGUUCCUGCUGAGGACCGGAGCCUCCAUCCCGCUGCACGACCACCCGGGGAUGAACGGGAUGCUCAAGGUUCUCUAUGGGAAAGUCAGCGUUCGUUGCUUCGACAAGCUGGAGGAUAAGGUCAACGGCAGCCCCGUCCCUCCUGAGUUUGACCCCCCGUUGGCUCCUUUGCAGAUGGGCUCCGUGUGGCGCUCCGUGCUCCGCUCAGACACAGAGUACUCGGAGACCAGCGGGCCGUGCCUUCUCACUCCUGUGCGGGAUAACCUCCAUCAGAUCGACGCCGUGGAGGGACCUGCUGCUUUCCUGGAUAUCCUGGCGCCGCCAUACAAUCCAGACGACGGCCGGGACUGUCACUAUUACAAGGUUCUGCAAACAGUGGCGGACAAAGGAAAAGAUGCAAAGAGCAACCCGGAGCAGCAGGGAGAGAAGGAGAAAGACCAGACAUGGCUGCUGGAAGUCCCUCAGCCGGAGGACUUCUGGUGUGGUGGGGAACCCUACCCAGGCCCUGCAGUCUCUGUCUAAGCGAAUCACACUGCAGUGUAUGACAGACAUAAUACUGGGACAUGCAUCCAUCCACAAGGGUCAAUUUAGUUUUGUACUCUUCCAUAGGAAAGCCAAAUAUCUAGGUUGUUAUAAUGCCUUGUUAGAGGAUGCAGCAGGGCAAACAAGGGUUUGAACUGUGACACUCCAGCCAGAAUAAGUCCAGUGAACUGCCUUCCACUAACCUUAAGCAUCCCUGCCAGUAUUGGGAGACGUGUUGACACAAGGAAUUCCUUUUCCUAAUGUGGUAUAUUUCUUUGGACCAUUAUGUUGCCUUGCACACACCAGAAUGUUGUCAGCCAAACGUUGUGUGAAUGCUGGGUUAUCAUUAGCAUCUAUGCUUUGUUUUGGAAAGUUUUUUUUUUUGUCUGCUGCCGAUGACUCUAACAUGACACCAAAGACUCAAGUUGUACCUGCCUUAUGUGUGAAUGUAUACUUAACGAGGACGCUGUUUCUAUUGGAUACACUCACUUCUUGCUCCAAAGUGCACACACUAUAUCAUAUGUACUUUAUUUUCUUUAUAUUCCUUUAACUUAUUCCAGAUAAUAUAAUUACCAAACAGGUCUGGUCAGUUAUGGGAUGAAAAAGCUGAUGUUCAGUGACUUCUACAUACUCUGUGAUGUAUUAUACUGUCAUUUCACUUCAUGUUCCUUCAUCUGGAGUCACAGUAUAUGGCGCAUAUAAUGCAUCAUUUAAAAAGCUUACUGAAAUCAUGAAAUGAAAAAGAGUUGGAAAUGAAAGCUGUAUUGGAGAGCUAUAGCGUUUUUAUGGUAAAAGCUGACAUAUUUUCUUUACUACUUUUUACACUGUAUCAUUCCAGUCUGUAUGCUACUGUACACUACUUUAGCUUGUAUCUUAACUUUGCUCUGGCUUACAUUUGACUCCACACAGAUUUAUGUGCCAGUUUGACAAUGGUUGUGUUAUUUUGAUGUUGUAUGUGGAACAUGAAUAAAAAUAAAAAGUGCUUUAUUGUUCUCAA